AUGCAUAGUUAUUAUGCAGAAAUACAAAAGAAACUUGAUCAAGAUGAACUUAAUAAGAAUAAUUACUCUUCCUCUAGCGAAGAAGAAGAAGAAGGAGACAACCCUAAAAAAGAAAGAAUUAGGGACCUAGAGGGAGGAGAAUCUAAUGUAGAGGAAGACAGCAGCUCGGAUAUAGAAGACGAUAAACAAGAUCUAGAUAUGCGUUUAAAGGAGUUAGAGAAGUUUGUAUCCCGUAUGACGGAGGAAGAACAAGAAGAAACAAUGUAUUUAUUUAAUGAGGAUGUAAGUAGUUAUGAGGAGGAGGCAGAGAGAUUGCAGCAACGUCUUGAACAAGUACGCAGUAGCAAUGAAUUGCUCCUGCAAAAGCUUAAUGAAUUAAAAACUAACCCUGAUAGCUAUCAAGGAAAUACAGAUGAUCCUCUUGAUUGGAUUGAUACACCACAAGAUACUGCAGCAGCAACAGCAGCAGCAGCAGCAACAACAACAACUGAUAGUAAUAGUUUAAUUAAUACUAUAAGCAAUAUCACCAACAGAGAUGAUAGACCAGCAGACGCCAGCAGCAGUGAUACUAGUUCAGACAGGGAUCCAUUCAGUAUAGAAGACGGAGAGGAGGAGGCACAAGAUGGGGCCCCUUAUAGAAUUAUUGGAGCAAAUGCAGGAGAUUGGAUGGAGGAUUAA